GAUUCCAACUCCUCGUCGUUGUUUCGGACAUAUCAAAAACAAUCAUGCUCUCUCAAAAGGUCGCUCAGCAGUCGCUGCGUCGGCUUGCUGUCCAGCAGCCCUAUGCCAUGCGCUGGUCCCUGAUGAACGCUGCCUCCCCCGCCGCGGUUGCCAUGGGAAGGAAUGUCCAGAAGAUUCAGACAAGAUUCGCUGCCACCAGCACCACCACUUCCGAUCCCAAUAAGAUCCUUGUCGAGCAGCGUCUGCGCCGCCCCGUCUCUCCCCACCUUACCAUCUACCGACCCCAGAUCACUUGGUACAUGAGUGCCCUCCACCGUGUCACCGGAAUCAUCCUUUCUGGUCCUCUGUACAUUUUCGCCACUGCAUACCUCGCUGCUCCCUUGUUUGGAUGGCACCUUGAGUCUGCCUCCUUGGCCGCUUCUUUCGCUACUCUGCCCUUGGCCGCCAAGUUCAGCCUCAAGACCUUAGCUGCUCUGCCGUUCACCUACCACUCCUUCAACGGCCUCCGACACCUGAUGUGGGAUACUGGCCGUGGUAUCACCAACAAGCAGGUUAUCCAGACCGGCUGGACCGUCGUUGGUCUGAGCAUUGCUAGCGCUCUUUACCUUGCUUAUGUGUGAUUCUCUUCCGUCUGUCAUACCAACAAGUUUCUUGCCGUUCUAAAAUAUUUCCUUGCAAUAUAUUCUAUACAGGU